AUGGCAGACCUAGAAGCAAAGCAAGCGGAGAGGAAGGAGCUCUUCUUGGAUGUCCCGCUUCAGUAUCCAGCCUCGUUGACCCCCGUUUCAACGAAUCCAAGUCAGCCUCGCCCCAGUCUCCACUCUGGUCGAUCUUACGUAGACGGACACAGCACAUACUUCAGUGAGCCUGAGCCUGAAGGUGGCCCGGACCAGCCGCAAGAGGUGGAUGUUGAGAGCCCCUCGAAGACGUUCGAAGUGGGUUGGGAUGGUCCGGAUGACCCCAUGAAUCCCCAAAACAUGCAUCCCGCAAAGAAAUGGACGGUUGUCACAACCCUGGCCUUUGGCUCCUUGUGUGUGACGUGCACUUCCUCGCUCUAUACGAUCACCUAUGAACAAAUGGACGCAGAGUUUGGCAACUCACGGAUUGUCGCAACCCUCGGCCUGGCUCUUUUCGUCUUUGGCUUGGGGUUGUCCCCGAUGCUUCUGGGUCCCUUAUCCGAGUUUUAUGGUCGCCGCCCGAUAUAUAUUCUUGGAUAUAUCUUCUUCACCAUCUGGCUGUUCCCCUGUGCUUUUGCUCAGAAUAUUCAGACUAUGUUGAUAGCCCGAUUCCUGGAUGGCUUUUCGGGAAGCGCCUUCCUGUCUGUUGCAGGCGGGACGGUCGGAGAUAUGUUCAAUCGCGACCAGCUUCAAGCCCCAAUGAUGAUAUAUACGGCUUCUCCUUUUAUUGGCCCAGGGCUUGGCCCCGUCAUAGGAGGGUUUAUCAAUUACAACACCUCCUGGCGGUGGUCGUACUACGUGCUCCUGAUAUGGUCCGGAGUGAUGGUGAUCGCGAUUACUUUGAUCGUUCCGGAGACAUACAUGCCGGUGGUUCUGAGGAAGAAAGCGCAAAAGAUGCGGAAAGAGACUGGGGAUGAGAGAUUCAAGGCUCCAAUUGAGGUUUACGAGAAAUCCAUUUUCUGGACGGUGGUGAGGUCUCUGUAUCGUCCUUUCAUGCUUCUCUUCUUGGAACCCAUGUGUUUCAACCUGUGCCUGUUCUCCUCCAUCCUUCUGGGAAUUCUAUACCUCUUCUUCGGAGCUUUCAAUCUCGUCUUCACCGAGGUCUAUCACUUCAAGGUUUGGCAGGUCGGCCUGUCUUUCCUCGGCCUCAUGAUUGGAAUGAUCUUGGCGAUAUUAUCCGACCCCAUCUGGCACAAGAACUACCUCCGACUACUCCGGAACCGAGAGGAGAGCACAGGAGAACGCAAGUCAGAACCGGAAUACCGACUUCCACCCUCGAUAUUUGGGGGAUGGUUCUGCGUGGUCGGACUGUUCUGGUUUGCAUGGACCAUCUAUCCAAGUGUUCACUCCAUCGUCCCCAUCGUCGGCAGCGGCUUUUUCGGAUUCGGCACCAUUCUUGUUUUCACGGGAGUUUUCACCUUUCUGGUCGAGGCGUAUCCGCUCUAUGCAGCUAGCGCUCUGUCGGCCAAUUCGUUUGCACGGAGCUCGUUUGCAGGCGCAUUUCCCCUGUUCGGCGUCCAGAUGUACAACAAGCUUGGCUUCCAUUGGGCCACGACGCUUCUGGCAUUUCUCUGCUUGAUCAUGGCGCCGUUCCCCUAUCUGUUCUUCAUUUACGGGAAAAGACUGCGGCAGAAGAGCAGAUUCACCACCUUUCCUGGAUGA